AUGGAAAAAGAGGAAUCUGUGGAUCCUGAGAGGUUGUUGCAGUGUCCCUAUGAUAAAAAUCACAAAAUCAGAUCAUGCAGGUUCCCAUACCAUCUUGUGAAAUGCAAAGAGAAUCAUCCUGACAUUGCUGCCAAAUUGGCUACUUGUCCCUUUAAUGCUCGUCACCUGGUUCCACGAGAUCAACUCACUGAACAUAUUGCAACUUGUAUGGACAAAACUUCCCUUGAAGAUGAUGUAGAAUCCUUGGAAGAUCCUAGCCCAAGUUUUGUUUGGGGAUUCACUCAUCACAUUAAUUAUGAUAGUGUAAAUGGCAGUAUCUUCAAUUGUGGUGCACCUGUUGGUACACGUCAGCCUUCUGGUGUGUGUGCACAUCCAGGAGCACCUGCCAAUCGUCUGUGCGUACCCAUCCAAGUGCAUGAAAGACUGCUGGUGCAUGUGAAACUGCUGGUGCACAUGGGCCUUCGGUGCAUGUAA